AUGGGAGACUCUCCAAUGGCCGUCCUCAUGGCCGACUCCUGGGGGCCUCCUACGGCAUCACCAAUUUACGAGGAGCCAGCCCUCGAAAACGUCGAGAGCCUCGAGGGCUACGCCCCCGGAGGCUACUACCCAAUGAAUAUCGACGACCGGCUUCGCAAGAACUUGGAUACCUAUACCAUUAUUCACAAGCUUGGGUUUGGCCGCUCUUCGACCGUUUGGCUGGCAAGACGGGAUAGCGAAAGCAUCGGCCAAGUUCCGGUUUCCUUCGUUGCGCUCAAGAUCCUGCGUGCCGACCUUAGCACCCCGAACACAUACCCCGAGUUGGAAAUACUUGGGCGUUUACAACAGCAGGGCCGAGAGACCCACCGAGGGCUCGUCCACAUUCAGGAUUAUUUCACUGUCAGUAGUGCCAACGGACAUCACUGCUGCUUUGUGCUCCCGUUCUUGGGCCCAAGCCUCUAUAACAAACGAGUCCUGGCUGCCAUGAGCUGUGAGACACGGGAAAGUGUGUGCGAGCAACUGGCCCACGCCGUCAAAUAUAUUCACACAUUUGGGGUUUGCCACGCUGAUUUAAGCCCCCUCAACGUGCGCUUCAGGAUCCCAGACGUCGAGCACUUCAAUGAGACAAGAAUAUGCGCUAAGCUUACUCCGAUACAGAGCUGCGCAAUUCGACGGAUCGAUGGACAACCUCUUUCCAAGAAUUCCCCCCGCUGCGUUGUUAAAACAGCGGAGUUCCAAAACAUCCACUCGAACUACUUUGAAGAGGUCACCAUCAUCAGCUUCGGAAGAGCAUUCUCGCCGCCAGUUGCUCUUCGGAUACCCCCCCUCUCAGAAAAGCGACAUUUGGCAGCUCGCGUGCCUAUCUUCUUGGCCCACGAGAGGGAGUUGCCGUUCCUGAUCCAUGUCGGCUUCGAGCAUCUAGUCUGGGAGCUCACAACAUACUUUGGGCCGAUACCCGACCACUGGGCUGGAAAGUACCAAUGGGACAAGUACAAAAUUGUCACUCGUUUGGGCACGACAUGCGACUCGGACCUUGACCACUGGUUUGACAGGGCCCAGCCGACAGAGUCGUUGGAAAGUCACCUGGUCAAGGCCGAAAUGGCGCCGGAACUCGCCACACUGUUGUAUAAGAUGUUCGUCUGGGAGCCCGAGAUGCGGCUGACUGCUGAUACGGUGUACCGAGAACUGUUGCAGCAACGGUUGAAUGUUGAGAGUAAUUGGCUCGCAGUUGGGUCGGUUGGUUGA